AUGAGUGAAGAUAUAGAUACUGAAGCUAUAGAUGAUGAUGAUGAUGAUGACGAAGAUGAUGAUGAUACAAAUGAUGAAGAAACAGAUGAAGAAUUGUAUGAAGCCAUAUACAUGUAUAUGAUGGCAAUUCAUGCUUUAAUGCACGUGGUAAAUCAGUUUUUGAAUAUGAUGCGUGGUGAACAUGUUGAACGUCCAUUAACUCGACGACGAAUUACAAGUAAGGGAUAUGACUAUAUACAUAAGUCAUUGAAUGGGGAUUCUGAAAUCUUUCGACAAGUAUAUAGAAUGUAUCCUGAUGUAUUCCGAAAGUUAUGCAUGAUUAUAAGAGAAAAAACACCUUUGGUGGAUACAAGAUUUAUUUGUAUUGAAGAAAUGCUUGCGUCGUUCUUACAGAUUGUCGGUCAGAAUACUCGAUAUUGUAUAAUUAGAAAUACAUUUGGCCGAUCACAAUUUGCUGCAAGUGAAAAUUUUCACAAGAUUUUGAAGGCUUUGAACUCAAUAGCACCUGAUUUGAUGGCUAAACCAACCUCAAGCGUGCCUGCAAAAAUAAGGGAAAGCACAAGAUUUUAUCCUUACUUCAAGGAUUGCAUUGGAGCUAUUGAUGGUACGCAUAUUCCUGCAUUGGUAAGAGGACGAGAUGUAAGCAGUUAUCGUGAUCGUCAUGGAAGGAUAUCACAAAAUGUAUUAGUUGCUUGUAAUUUUGAUUUGGAGUUCAUGUACGUUCUCAGCGGGUGGGAGGGUUCAGCCCAUGAUUCCAAGUUGCUAAAUGAUGCUUUGAAAAGGAAGAAUGGACUAAAAGUGUCCCACGGUAAAUAUUUUCUGGUGGAUUGCGGAUUUGCUAAUCGACGCAAAUUUUUAGCUCCACAUCGAGGUGUGCGAUAUCAUCUACAAGAUUUUGCAGGUCACGGUAAUGACCCUGAAAAUGAAAAAGAGUUAUUCAAUCUUCGGCAUGCGUCUUUAAGGAAUGUGGUUGAGAGAAUAUUUGGUAUUUUUAAAUCGCGUUUCACAAUUUUUAAGUCAGCACCUCCAUUUUUGUUUAAGACACAAGCAGAACUUGUGUUGGCAUGUGCAGCACUUCAUAACUUUCUUCGCAAAGAAUGUCGUUCCGAUGAAUUUCCAAUUGAACCUUCUAACGAGUCUUCAUCUUCAUCUUCAAUGUUACCUAUUCAUGAAGACAAUAAUGAUGAACUCAAUGUUCAAACACAAGAGCAAGAACGAGAAGAUGCUAAUAUAUGGAGGACUAAUUUAGGUUUAGAUAUGUGGAGAGAUGUACAAGGAAUACCGUGA